AUGCAAACUUAAAGUUCAUUUAACAUCGUCAAUCCUGAUACUCUGCUGUCGAAGGACACCCAGCUAAAGAGAUAAGACAGACUCAGAAAAGCAGUCAUUUUUGCACUUGUUCUGGCCACUUGCAUGAGUCUAUUAAUACUCUUCACUCCUAAGAGCAAUUAUGUUCCAAGUUACUCAUUAAACCAAAGAAAUUCUUAUUAUGCCUAAGAUUAAUUAUGUGUUUAUUAAGUUUCUACAUAAUCUACAAAUUGUACCCUCAUUGAAGCCAAUACCACAUCAGUUACAAUAGAUGAAAAUGACUAGAAUUCCACACACAUCCUUAUGCUUGAUGGCUUACAAGUUUCAUCCUAUAAUAAUUAUUCAAAUGGCACUGUCAUUUUUUCAAAUUUAUAUGAAACUAAUGUAAACAUAACUGGAAAACUCAACAAUGCCCUCAGAAUCCUGGAAAAGACGAGUGACCCUUGCAACAAUCAAGACUGUGGAUCCUACAAUGAGAUUCCCAUGGUUACAUAUACCUUAGACAAAGCUAAUGGAUAAGUUUUGAGACUUCAAGUACCAAAUGGUUUAGAUGGACUUUUGCUUUAAACCUUAAUUUCAAGUAUCCAACACUUAGGCCCAAAUGUUGAAUCAUCAGAGAGAACCGAAGAAGGAAUUAAGAAUCCAGUUUAAAUCGGAAAAUAUUAAUUUAUGUCAGAAAGAGAAGUUGAUUGGACUUGGUUUGGAUAUUCAACAAUCACCAAAGAAGUUACAGAAUAAGACAGUCUUGAUAAUGAUUUCUUGGUGGGAGAUCACUUCAAAUAAAAAUAAACAACCAAAAUAAACAGAAAUAAUGAAAUUGUUGAAUCGUAGAUUUCUGUGGAUAUUGAAAUAGAUCACUCAGUUUAACUUAAUAAUUAAGAUAAACAAUACUAAAUCAAAUCUUCAAUUACUGAUAAUUCAACACUUAAGAGAGGUUAAAGCUAUUAAGACGCCUACUUUACUAAUCUACUUAAAUAGAUCAAUAACAAUUAAGAUUUAACGUCUUAUACUGCUAUCACUAUUUAAGAUAGAUUGCUUAAGUAAUAUGAAAAAAAACAAUUGAAUAUUUAGGAAUUAAAGAAGAAGGCUUUUCAUAAUAGAUUAUUAACCUAAUCAUAACUAUUUUAAAAUUAAUCAAUACAUUGUCCUUCCAACGGAUUAAUAGACUAUUCAUCCACUAUUGUAACAUUUUCAGUUAAAGGAACUAAUUUAUCCUUGGAUGUUUCUUUUAAAGGCACUGCAGGUAAUGGCAAUGCUCAAGUCACAUUGAAAUUCUGCUUAGCCCUUGAAGGUUUCUGCGUUUUUGAUUUAGUUGAUACUUCACUUUCUUAUACUGGUCAACCAUUAUAAAAUCUUGAUAUAAAUGGAAUUCAGAAUAUUUCACUGCUCUAAACUGCCUUAGUAGUUCAAGGGUUUGUUGUUAACGUUGGAGCUGACUUUAGCUAUGGAUUCAUUGUCAAAUAAAAUGUCACCCAGACUUCUUCAAUUGCCGGAUUCUCUGACACUUUCAUUGGUGCUGCCUAUUUGACUGUAUAUGGAGAUUCUCUUGUACCUAAUGUCGUUCAAGCCAGAGCUGCUGUCCUUGCUGAUAUCUUCACUGGUAAUCUUACAAGCAGUAUUGCCUUUGGAUAUAAUCCUAAAAUUCAUUCUAUCAAUUCUAAUUCAUACACUUUGAAUCUUAAUUUAGACAUGGAAGAGUUCAGAGCCUAUGCAAUUGCCUAAGUUCAACAUAGUGAGUUGUCUUCUAAGAAGAAAUGCAAGAGACAUUUAGGAGUUGUGAAAGUCUGUUAUCAAGUGCCAACUGUUGGUUUGAUGGGUGAUUGGAUCACUCUUUACAAGAACAAUUGGGGAUUCCAUGAUUUGGUGUAAAAUUAUACCUUGUAUGGUUUCCAAUCAUAAUGCUUCCUCAAUCAGAAUUGAUAGCAUUUUAAUAAAUAACAAAUUAUUUUAAAAUACC